CACAUAGUGGGCGGUGCCUACGCACAGGUGUCAUAGUAUUUAGAGCAGGUAUUCAUGUCGUGUAAAUCACUACACUUCAGCUCCAUUCAGCGAGAGGACGGAGGAACGUGGGUUAAAAGUCACCCAGGACGAGGCAGGACGAGGCAAGAACCCGUCGAGGAGUCAGUAAGCAUCUUUUAGAGGAUGGCGUUCAGCACCCUGACUUUGCUCUAUGAUCAAUGGCUUAAAGAAGCAGACCCAAGAGUUGAGGACUGGCUCCUUAUGUCCUCUCCCUUCCCUCAAACCGUAAUCAUCCUUUCCUACAUCUACUUUGUCACAACGCUUGGACCUCGUCUGAUGGAGAACCGCAAACCUUUUGACCUCAAGCGACCAAUGAUCAUCUACAAUGUUAGCAUCGUGGCAUUCUCCCUUUACAUGAUUUAUGAGUUUCUCAUGUCUGGCUGGGCCAAUGGAUACUCAUACAGGUGUGACAUUGUGGACUAUUCCAGCUCCCCACAGGCUUUAAGGAUGGCAUGGACUUGCUGGCUGUACUACUUCUCAAAGUUCAUAGAGAUGUUGGAUACUAUUUUCUUUGUUUUGAGAAAAAAGAAUAGCCAAGUCACUUUCCUCCAUGUGUACCAUCACUCAAUCAUGCCAUUCACAUGGUGGUUUGGAGUCAAGUUUGCUCCAGGUGGUCUGGGAACCUUCCAUGCCCUGCUGAACUGCUGUGUCCAUGUGGUCAUGUACUCCUACUAUGCCCUGUCUGCUAUGGGCCCAGCCUAUCAGAAGUACCUUUGGUGGAAGAAGUACAUGACCACUAUUCAGCUGGUUCAGUUUGUCAUGGUGACUGCCCACGUCGGUCAGUUUUUCUUCAUGAAAGAAUGCCCUUACCAGUUCCCGGUUUUCCUCUAUGUCAUUGGUUUGUAUGGAAUGAUCUUCCUGCUUCUUUUCCUCAACUUCUAUUACCAUGCAUACACCAAGGGUAAGAGGUUGCCCAAAGCCCUUCAGAAUGGAGCAUGCUUCAUAAACUCUGCACACAAGAAGACUGAAUAAGGACUUUGUACUCUUGUCACCCAUCAGUGAAAAUCCUGCAGCUUUUAAAUUUGCUUUAUUUUUCCUUUAACCAUUUCAGAUCAUUCACCCACUGUUUUAUGUUAAAACUUUGUGGAAUGCCACUUUCUCACUGAAUGAAUAUUGCCCAACUAGCACAUGUGGUUUUACACUGAAGAUGUGGAUCCUGGUUUGUACGGUCUUCACAUAGGUUCUGAAAUGUUUAUGGGGUACAAUAUAUUUUUUUAAAUAUACCCUUCAUUUAUUUUAAGGCCAGCUUUGGUAUAUGACCUAACUGCUACUUUAACUGAAUGCAUGGAUUGUGACAGCAGAGGAACUUGAUUUUAAUGCUACUGGUCUUUUGAAAGGGAAGUGAAGGGUUUGCUUUUUGCUUCGUAGACUACGUAAGCAAACCUAUUGCCCUUUCCCCAAUGAAGAGCAUGACUGAUCACUAUGCUUGAGUCCUACCUUAAAUGUGGCAAAAGUGACAGUUGGGGGUUAAUUUUCAGCUCUGGAAAAUUUUAUUUUCAGUGUAUAACUUCUUAUUAUGGCUGUUUUUGUUCGUGUUCUUUUUUUUUUGUUUUAAAAGAGAAAAGUCUGACUGAGGCAUGUGUUCUUCAAAGAACCAAAUGUGCCAGUGAUCUGUGGAGACUUGUGUUUUUUCUUUCCUUGUGUUUAUGCAUUUUGUAUUUCUUUACCGUGCUCUAUUUAUAUCCUUAAGGUUUGUUCAAUGUUAAAUUGUACCUUUUUAUUCAACAAAAUAAAUUAUUUGUCAAUA